GAGAAAAGCAAAGACUCUACUUAUCUAUAUGCUUCGAUGCGACACAGUCACUAUUAAUUGUGCAGCAAGGGCAUUUGGAAGUACUACUGGAAGUCAAGAAAGUGGAUCACACUCCUAUGACAAUGCCGUGUAAAUGACUCAUACACGUCAUAUACUUCUUUCAGAUCUCUAAGCCUUUAAUUCUGACAGAAAUUGCAGCACUUGAAAAUUUGUGACUAUGAGCCACAUCAUCUACCUCGAAAAUUUUAUCGAAAACACUGGAGGACUUCCUCCUGAGCUGACACGUAUCUUGCUCACCAUCAAGGAUCUUGAUGAACGAGCUGCAGACAUAAGAGAGCGGAUUGCUCAGAACGUGGAGACUUUCCUCGACAGACCCGCCCCACCGUCCAGGAAGGGCAUGUCAGAUCUGCCUGAAGAUCUGGCCUCACUGAAGAAGGUGAUAGAGGACGAUCAGCGCAUGUAUGUGCAGUGGGCAGAGGAGAAGCUGAGCCUGGCUACCAUCGCUGUUGACCUGGUGCAGCAGCAUCGCGCCACCAUUGACCAGGACAUAAGCGCUCUGCUGGCUGAGCUCAAAGCCACAGAGUAUGAGGAUGACAUGUUGGGCAUGGAGUACACUCCGCCAGAGGAGACCAACCGCAGGCAGCGCCAGCGUGAACUUGAGGCGAUUAAUGCUGCAGAGCGCGAAGCAAAGCAGGAAGCAAAGCGGCGGGAGCGCGAAGCGGCCGAGGCAGAACGACGCGCGGCGGCAGAGGCGGCUGCGGAGGCAGCUGCGCUGGCAGCUUCCUUGGCCGUAGAGGAAGCUGAGGUGAAGCCGGAGCCAAAAAUUGAGCCCACUUCGCGGCAGCAGUCUGGAGAGUUCCCGGUGCCCGCCCCCCGGCAACCCAAAGCCGCCAACACCGGCAAGGGCAACAGGAAGGAGCCUGAGAUGGCCAUCACACCCACAGCAGUGGCGCCCCCGGUGGAAGCGCCAACAAGGAAGAAGAACUCUGCCUCGCACCUGCCCAUGCACAUGCCCGCCAAUGUCAACCUGUCCGGGCGGAUAUCCCCCAUCAACAGCAUGGGCACCCACACAGGGCAGUACAGGGCGCUGGGAAGCCUGCCAGGGAUCCUGUCGCAGCCGAUGCCGAUGGAGCAGGACAGAGGGGGCGAGGAGGAGGAUGCACCCGCCCCCUACAUGCCCAUCGUGCCCCAGGGCAUGUCCACCUCAGCACCCGCCCCACAGGCUCUUGGGCGGCUGUUGACGCAUGCAGAUGUGAACGAGCGGCUCAAGGGCAGGAGAGCAGAGCUGUACUGGCCGGAUGACAACCUGUGGUACCUAAUCGAGAUCCAUGACGUGGACACCACAAAUCACAAGGCGCAGAUCAUGUAUGUGACUGGGGAGACAGAGGAGCUGGACCUGCUGGAAAUUGUGCGCGAGGGCCAUAUGUCUCUCAUAAGCGAGAACAGCGGCGGCCGGGCCUACAUGUGAUAGCAACACUGGCAUGCUGCUCUGUAUUUUACCACCAUCUUGUAAUGAAUUGCCAUGGUC